AGGGAACAUGUACCCGUCUGUGUGCGUUGCAUCAUGGAAGGGAGUGAGACAUGAGUACGAAGCUGGUUCAAAAGCUACGCUUAUGGUGCUACUUAAAGAUGCAUUUGGGAACGGUAUCUCUAAGACGACUCAAGUGUCCUAUUUGCCUGAUUUCAAGUUGUCUGUUUUGCAUGAAAAUGGAUCUGUUACAAGUGCUCCAGAUAUCUUUAACAUGGGGUGGACUGAGUUUGAUUAUAUAGUCAUUGAGUUUAUUGUGACAAAAGCUGGAAAGUUCUCAUUGAGCUUAGAAGGAGGAAAUCAAACCUUGAAGGGUUCUCCAUUACCAUUGAAGGUGAAUCCAGGAGCUAUAGAUGUCUCUAACUGUAUCGCCAAAUGGAACGUUGAAUCUCAUGCAUGGCAAUUGUCUUCCAAGAUGGAAAUCUUUAUACAUCAGUUAGAUAAAUACGGAAAUCUGGUUUCUGGACUGUAUCCUUUUGAUUCUGAAGUUGUUGAAACUGACACAAACUUGUCGAUACCGAUAUCAGAUCUCCAUUUUCAAGAAGUGGACGCUGGAAUUCAGUUGUUUUCGUUUAGCAAUUUUGAGCCAGGGAACUUCCUAUUGACAAUAUAUGAUUCCAAGCAUAAUAAAAGCAUUUCCAACAUGCCAUAUGUUUAUACUGUUUUUAUAGGUUACUGUGAUGGGGUUAAAAGUGUUGUUAAUGGAUCAGGUUUAAAUGAUUCAGUAGCUGGUGUAAAGGAAGAAUUCUCUGUGUAUUUGAAUGACAUCUAUCAAUAUCCUUCCCCUGUCCAAGCAAACAUACUUCAAGUACAAAUUUCAAUAGAAAAUGACUCGUACAGAGUUAUGCCAGUCAUAUAUCCUGUGCAUGACAAUAAUGGGAGCAGAAUAGCUUCAGGAUUGAGAUAUGAUGGUAUCGGUCACAUGGAAACUGUGCCAUCAUCUUCAAUAGUGUUGAGAAACAAUUCUAAUGGGAGUGGGAGCUUUAUCAUGGCAAGUGAUUUUCGUGUGGAUUACAUACCAGAAAAAAGUGGAUUUUAUGAUAUUAAUGUAUAUUGUGGAAACAUAUUAUUGAAUGAGGGACAUUCUUUCCGAAAAGAGGUAAAAGCAGGUGAAGUAAAUGUUUCCUUGUCAAGUGUCAUGAGGUUUUCUCCAAAGGUGCCAAAGCUGUCCAAAAAUGAAAUAGUUGUCCAGCUUGUGGAUUCUUAUUUAAACCCUGUCCUCUCCCAGCAAUCAAGGUUGAAAUUGGAGAUUGCUUCUGUCAAUAGUUCUGGCUUUUCAACUUUGGACAUUACAGACAAUAAGGAUGGAUCAUACAGCUGCAGUUACAUGGCCAAAGAUGUUGGCACUUACGAGAUUUGUGCUUCCUUUGAUGGCAAAAGUUUCUUAUCAUGUCCCUUCAGUAUCAAUGUGUACAGCAGUGACUAUUUUCCAAAAGCCAACAAUGAUACAAUAUCUAUUUGGGAGGACCAAUCCGUUGCCUUUGAUGUCUUAGCAAAUGAUUAUUUUGCUGGUGAUAAUGCAAGUAUAGUUGAAUUCUCAAAAUCAGAUCACGGUUCACUUAUACAGAAUGGAAGGAUCUUUCGGUACACUCCUUAUAAAGGGUAUUAUGGAAAUGAUUCCUUUUGGUAUACAAUUUCUGAUAUAAAUGGAAAUCUUGCUUCUGCUUCCGUGUGCAUAUUUGUUCUCAAUGUUCCACCUCAGUUUGUUUCUGCUCCAAAUCAACUGCAAGCAACAGAAGAUUCAAUAAGUCCUAGAUUUGGUGGUUUCACCGGGUUUGAGAUAACUUAUUCAAAUCCUAUGGAAAAUAUUUCUGUCAAUCUUAGUGCUCAAUCUGGAAUUGUACUUCUGUCUCCUAUGGCUAUGCAAUUUGGGCAAGUAAUGUGGAGUGAACUUACAGUUGACACAGGAAAUGAAACUGCAACCAGUUUAAUAAUAGAAGGCUCUGUGGAAGUUAUUAAUGUUGCGCUUCAGUCAAUUCAGUAUCUGGGAAAUGAAAAUUUUUAUGGAGGAGAUACCAUUCAAGUCUCAACCAGGAAUAAGAACGGAGUAAAUUCACUUGGUGUUCCAAUUUUUGUUGAUCCUAUCAAUGACCCUCCAUUUAUUAGAGCCCCCUACUUCAUCAUAUUGAGGAGUAAUGAAGAUGAGACCCUUAUCUUUGACCAAGAGAAAGAUAAGUUUGACUUUUUCAUUGGAGAUCCCGAUCUUCUUACCUUCCCUGGUAUGGNAACUGUAUCGCCAAAUGGAACGUUGAAUCUCAUG